UUUCUUUUCUUCUUAGAAAGAUUAAAAAAAAUGUCUAAAUCAUCAUAUUCUCACAUCUUCUUCUUCUUCUUGAUCUUGGGUUUGUGUUGUUUGAGAUCAUCAUUAGCCUUCACGAAUCUAAACACCUUAAGCUUCGAAGAAUCACUUUCUCCUCUCUUUGGCGAUGCUAAUCUCGUCCGUUCACCUGAUGAUCUCUCCGUUCGUCUCCUUCUUGAUCGAUACACCGGUUCUGGUUUCAUAUCAUCGAAUAUGUAUCAACAUGGAUUCUACAGCUCCAUGAUCAAGCUUCCCGCUGAUUAUACUGCCGGCGUAGUCGUCGCCUUUUAUACAUCGAACGGGGACGUGUUCGAGAAAACACACGACGAACUAGAUAUAGAGUUCCUAGGGAACAUAAAAGGGAAGCCAUGGAGGUUUCAGACAAAUCUAUAUGGAAAUGGAAGUACACAAAGGGGUCGUGAAGAAAGAUAUCGUCUCUGGUUCGAUCCUUCUAAAGAGUUUCAUCGUUACAGUAUCCUCUGGACUCCUCACAAGAUCAUAUUUUGGGUAGAUGAUGUGCCAAUAAGAGAAGUAAUAAGAAACGAUGCAAUGGGAGCUGAUUACCCGGCGAAGCCAAUGUCUCUCUAUGCCACCAUUUGGGACGCUUCUGACUGGGCCACUUCUGGAGGCAAAUACAAAGCUAAUUACAAAUUUGCACCUUUUGUAGCCGAGUUCAAAUCAUUCUCUCUUGAUGGCUGCUCCGUUGAUCCUAUCCAAGAAGUACCAGUCGAUUGUUCUGACUCCGUUGAUUUCCUUGAGUCUCAAGAUUACUCUACCAUCAACUCGAGGCAACGCGCCGCCAUGCGAAGAUUUCGACAACGUUUUAUGUACUAUUCUUAUUGUUAUGAUACCGUUAGGUAUCCUCAGGCUCCGCCCGAGUGUGUGAUUGUUCCCGCGGAAAAAGAUAGGUUUAAAGAUACGGGAAGGUUGAAAUUCGGUGGUACCGAGGCGCGCGAACGGCGGAGAAAUCGUCGGCAGCAACGUCGGCCUGAGAUUGAGAGUGAUCCUGAUGAAAGAAGACUUCUAUAAUAUUUAUUUGUUCCAUUUUUUUUUUUAAACUUAAAAUUUGUUUGUGAGUAAAAGAAGAAAAUAAAAUAAAAGAGUAAAGAUUUGAAAGAAAAAAAAUGAAUGAAAUAGAGAUAAAUUUGAUGGGCCUUUGGUGUAA